UUGGCCCAAAAUGUUUCCAUUUUGAUGCAACACUCCCUCAAACGCAGAAACGAAACAGAUAGCUGUUUCUUUCUCUCACGCUACCGCCAUCGUUCAUCAAUGGCCACCCUCAACCUCUCUUCGUUGCAAGCUCUCUCCUCCCAUCGUUUAUGCUCUUCUUUUCCCCAAAAUACCCCUACCCCUUCCUUCAAUUUCCAGCUAAAACCCUCAAUUAACCCGCGCCCAAUUUCUCUGAAACCCUACGUUUCCGAGAAGCCUCGCGCGCGCGUGGUGGCAUUGGCCGUGAAGAGCCUCGGCGAUACGGAGGCGCUGGCGGUGUCGCCUGAAAAUGACGGCCCCGCCGGAGAACUGCCGUCGGGCGCCGGCGUCUACGCCGUGUACGACACGAACGGCGACGUUCAGUUCAUCGGUUUGUCGCGGAACAUUGCCGCGAGCGUUGCGGCGCACUGGAAAUCAGUGCCGGAGCUGUGCGGUUCCGUUAAGGCUGGGGUAGUGGAUGAACCAGACAGAGAAACUCUAACCCAAGCAUGGAAGUCUUGGAUGGAAGAAUACAUAAAAGAUAGUGGAAAAGUUCCACCUGGCAACGAAUCAGGAAAUGCCACUUGGGUCAGGCAGGCACCUAAAAGGAAGCCUGAUCUUCGAUUAACACCUGGUCGCCGCAUGCAAUUAACUGUCCCUCUUGAGAACCUCAUUGACGGGUUGGUGAAAGAGAACAAGGUAGUUGCAUUCAUUAAGGGCCCUAGAAGUGCACCCUUAUGUGGAUUCUCACAGAGGGUGAUAGCCAUUCUUGAAAAUGAAGGAGUAGAUUAUGAGAGUGUAAAUGUGCUCGACGAAGAGUAUAAUUACGGAUUGAGGGAAACACUUAAAAAGUACAGCAACUGGCCCACAUUCCCUCAGAUUUUUGUGGAUGGUGAACUGGUUGGGGGUUGUGAUAUAUUGACCUCCAUGUAUGAGAAAGGUGAACUGGCUAGCUUGUUCAAAAAAUAAUUGUGCAAGUUACCUGCAUUUGAGCAUUCUUUUGAACUUGGGGGAUAGGAGUAGAAAGUGGGAGAGGUAAGGGAAGCGUGUAAUGCAGGUUAUUUAAACUCUGUUGUAUGAAUUAAUCUUUUAGAUACAAGGGGAGAAAAGAAAAAAGGAAAAUUAGUUAUGUAUAUUUGAUUUUUAUCAUAGUACAAAAUGGUUGUCUUUUUCAUUUACGGUUUGUGCAUAAAUUUGAUAUGCAUUUUAUCCAAGACUUUUGAAAGAAUAAUGAGACCUUGCUGAGCAUAUUAGUCA